UAUAUAAUCACCAAUUGAUGUUUGUAGAAGAGAAUAGUAACAAUAACCACAUGAUCUUGGGGAUGUUAAUGCCAAAGUGGAUGUGGGAAUCGCUACCGCACUUCUAUCAGACAUGGAUGAGGAAUUACAUUUCUGCAACCAUCAUUUAUCUCGGCUUCGGAUUCUUUUUCUACAUCUAUAGUUAUCAUCUCCAGCGCAAUAUCUAUUUCGCAAGAGAAUCUAUCCCAUCCAACAAGGCAAUUUUUUCACAAAUAAUUGUAUCAAUGAAGGCCAUACCAGCGUACUCGUGUUAUGUGACGAUUUCCGAGUAUGUAAUUGAGAACGGUUGGACAAAGUGUUUUUCUAGAGCAAACGACGUCAGCGUGUUAACCUAUUUAUUAUAUCUUGUCAUUUAUCUCCUUAUCAUCGAGGUUGCAAUUUACUGGGUGCAUAGAUUGUUGCACGAUAUUAAACCACUUUAUAAAUACCUUCACUCUUCCCAUCAUGUAUACAACAAAAAAAAUAUAAUUUCUCCAUUUGCGGGUUUAGCUUUCCAUCCUAUUGACGGAAUAUUGCAGGCGAUGCCACACUUAAUGGCCUUAUUCAUAGUGCCAAUGCAUUUCUCCAUGCACGUUAAGCUAAUGUUCAUCGAGGGCAUAUGGACCAUACUCAUCCACGACCCUAUAAACGUGAAAAAUAUUUGGCCAAUGAUGGGUUCCACCUAUCAUACCAUUCACCAUACAACUUAUAAACACAACUAUGGCCACUACACAAUUUUGAUGGAUUGGAUGUUUGGAACCUUAACACAUCCUAAGGAUGAUGCCUGUCAGAGAUGUUAUAUCUUGGAGUGCAAUGAUCUCAGGCUACGCACAACAUGAUAAAUUCUCGAUUACAUUGGAAUUGUUCCAAGAGAUGCAGCUUGAAGGUAUUAAGCCUGACGAAACCACGUUAGUGAGUGUUCUUUCAGCAUGCACCCAUUUGGGUGCACUUGAACAGGGGCAAUGGAUC